UACAGUAUUUAUUUACGAAGUCAGAUCUGGCAAACCAAGCUAGAUCGUCCCGAAUUGGGCAGCUCUUUGAAUCUUCUUGCUCCUGCUGAUUGUGAAGAGAUUAAUGGCUAACUUAGCCAACCAGAUCCUUAACCUGCUUGUCAGCCUAACUCCAAAGGUUGGAAAUGCUGUGUGAAGACGCCAAUUCCUUGGAAGAAGAAACAGAGAAAUAGUGUACCAAGGCAGGAUUUAAAACUUAUUCUGUAGAAAGGCAGAUUGUGCCAUGGGAGGCACAAAGGCUGUAUCAUGCUGGUAAUGAGUUACAAGAAGAGUGAUUGUUUAGCUACCUGAGAUGCAGUUACUUGCCUUGGUGCUGUUCCUAAGUCACCUGUUUUCUGCCUGCUUCCUCCUUGCGAACUCGCUGAACUCUGUCAGUUGCUCGCCGGGCCUGGGUUGUCAGCUAAAAAAGGAGGAUGUUCUAUGUAUACUUGGUGAAGCCAGAUCAGAUCCAGAACUAGAUCCAAUCCUAGAUCUGAUUCAGAUGAACCCAAGGAACACUCUUUGGUGCCCGGAGGAGGAAGACUGCAUUCCUUGCGUGCAAGUGACACUAACUCUUGGAUUACUGGAGCCAGCUGCAUUGGGUGCAAAACAAGAUGGAGGAGCCAGCAAGAUCAGCGAGCAGCCCAAGGGACACCCUAAGAAAAUCCUGCGAACACACAUUUUCCUCAUGGCCCAGACCUAUUCUUCUUCUCGUUGUGUUGAAGUGGAGGUUUGGCUUCCCGACGAUCGGGAAAGUCAAAAUAAUUCCCUGGGAUCUCUGCAGUAUAACUGCUUCCCAGUAGCUCUCAGCGGGGAGCUGAAUCUUACAGUUUUCAUGCAGCCUCGCUAUCAUUCUGCAGGUGUGUUACAAGCAACGCAACAUGGACCAGACUGUACCUGGCCCAAAGCCACAGAGGCCAUUCGCCUGUGUCAAGUGCCACAUUUAGACAUUUCUGUGGGACUACAGUCGGCAAUUCUACAUGUGCAAAACAUCCCUAAAGGACAGCACUUCAAACUGUGGCCGUAUCUGAAUCGGACAGACGGAUUUAAAGGUCUUGAUCAGGAGACUCCCAAGUUGCUAACUGGAUCGGAGAAUGUCAGCUUGCCAAUCUCGCAGGUGUUCCCUUGUCUCUGCUUUCAGGUCUGGCCCAAGAUUGAAGACCAAGCUGACACACCUCGAACUCAUUUCUGUCCCUUUGCAAAUGACCCAGCUGCUUUGGUCAGGGCCUGGGCCCACAGCCGCUUGGAAGUCCACACUUCCAGUGGAAGUUUGAGCUGCUUGGUUUCUGCCCCGUGUGACCUUCAAGGAGAGCUGGUUCCCUGCUGGCAGAUGGAAGAGCUCGCCUGCCACCCUUUGCAUCCCCAUCUGCGUCUGGCCCUCCUUCCACAUGAACCACAGGAAUUCCCAAGACUGCGAUCUCAUCCCAACCUCUGUGUGCAGGUAAGAAGGAAUGGAAGUACCUACCUCCAAACCUGCCUGCAGGAUGAUGUCACAGGAGGUCAGCGAUACUUACUGUUUCGGGAGACUCAGGAUUCUCAGGGGAAUUCCUUAGUGCAAAUUAUGGAGCAAGGCACCUGGGUGUCCACUGCUCAGAUCUGCAACACAAGAAGCAGAAGGUUGGAGGAAGACCUGAAGAAAAGUAUGGAGUUAGGAAAGUGCAUGCAGGUGUGGCAAGAAGAAGGGACCAAUGCUACUAUACUCUGGGCAUGUUCAGUGGAGCACUAUCGCAGGACGUACUGGGUGCUGAUCUGGUUGGUUACUCUCCUAGGUAGCUGCUCUGUUCUGCUCAUUGUCCUGUUCAAGAAAGAAUUGGUAAAAGGCUGGUUCAAAAUCCUGAAAGAAGAUUACAGUUCCAGAGGAACGCUUCAGGGGCGACGUAUCCUCCUUCUCUACUCUCCAGAUCAUGAAGGCUAUGAGCGUGUGGUGGGCACCCUGGCAGAUGCACUGACUCAGCUGCAACUAUCUGUAUCUCUGGAGUUGUGGAGCCGUGGGGAGUUGGGGUCCCUGGGACCCAUGCAGUGGUUCCAUGCACAGCGACGCUUGGUGCUUCAAGAAGGUGGCGUUAUUGUGCUGCUCUUUUCCCAUGGUGCCGUGACCAGUUGUGCAGAAUGGCUGGGCUGGCUACAGAAAGACCCUUGGCUCACCUUCAAAGCAAACGGCGCAUUCUCGGCUUCCCUUAACUGUGUCCUGCCUGAUUUCCUGGCUGGUGAGGCCAGGGCCACCUAUCUUGUUGGCUGCUUCGAGAAGCUCCUUCCAAUCGACGAGAUCCCUGACCUCUUCCGUUCUGUGCCUGCCUAUCCUCUGCCCUCUCAGCUCUUUAGCUUCUUGCUGGCCCUGGCUGGCCCCAAGGUAAGACACAAACAGAAGAACAGCCUCAGGAAAUAUGCAGAGUGCAUCCGCAAGAGCCUGGAACAGGCGGUGCAUGAAUGCCAGCAAAAGUACCCCAGCUAGUAGAGCCUGUAAUUGCUGCCUCCCCAGUUGGAGAGAAAAUGCAUUCUGUCACCAUUCUUGAGGAAUAAGGAGUAAUAAGGAAUAAGGCUUUCAGAAGUAAGUGCACUGACAUAAAAAUACUGUAUUAGUUUUUCCAACAAGUCAGAGUGGCCAGUUUGUUCCUCUAAUUUGGAAAGGUAUAAUGAGGCUGAACCAUGGAUGGGAACUUGUUUUGCAAAGCGCUUCAAGUGAUAGGUACCUAUUUAUGUGGCUGGUGAAGGUAAAGAGGUUGUCAUCGUAUUCCUGAAUGGUAACCAGCCAAUAAUAUGAAGGGACACCAUCAGUAGAUCCAGAACAGAGGAUCUCCAAAGGUGUGGGCCUCUCACCUUCAUAUCUUGCUUUGGAGCUGCCUUGAGGCAACUGCAUGGCCAGCAAAAUGCAAUAACGAUAAAGAGACGCAGAGCACUUCAUGAAAUGGAUAUCGUGCCUUCUGAAUUAGCUGCUCAGAGCAUCAAGGGAGCCAUAGCGAAGUCUGGGCAUGGCUUGGUUUUGAGGCAAGUGUCUUCAGGUUGUGCACUUGUAUCUCAGAAGGUUAGGAAAACAUCUGAGAAUGGUGACACUGAAUUUUGGGCAGACCCGGCUACCUCAGCAAGUUUGGAAGGAUGUUUUUAUUGGUUUCCAGAAGGUUCCAUCAUAUGCUUCGCACAGCCUUUAUUUAGAAAUGAAAAGGACUUUUGACAGGUGCCAAGAGGAACUUUUAUCAGGGUAAUCACCCUCACAUCCUGCUUGCCAUACUGUCAUAGGCCACUGCUGAGGUGGACUAGAAUAAUCUUUAGUCAUUCCAGUUUAGAAAUAAUGUUUUCCUCCUUCUCCUGACACAACACUUUCCAUGAGGAGAAUUUAGGAUGUAUCGAGAAAAGAGUUUAGAGACGAUUAGUCAAUGAGAGCAAUUUGCUCGGCUUCUGGAAAAUCUGCUCCUUCCCUGCCCAGAAACUGAGCCCCUGUACUGACCGUUUUGCCUUUGAUUGGAGGACAGACUUGGUCUGUGUCGGGGAAAUUCUUUUUAUUUAUUUAUUCUGUGGAUUUUAUUAUUAUUUUAAUGUCUUUUCAUUUGUUUUAAUCGUUUUAGAAUUUUAGAACUGUAAGCUGCCCAGAGUCAUUUCGUUGAGUUGGGCGGCUAUAGGAAUUGAAUAAAACAAACAAAGGUUUCCUUCAAGAAGGAGAAAGGAAAGCAAGUACCAGAGGCACAACAGAAUUCCCUGGUCUCUGGCUUCGUAUUUCAAAUUAGCUUUUUUUGCUCAUUUAAGCAGACUUUUGGGCGAAGGGGAGAACUGACACAGGCAUAUUGAUCCUCUGUUUCUUUGACAGAAGAUGUUCUAUAGGUAGCCCUUGUCUUACCAACAUUCAUUUAGUGACUGUUUGAAGUUAUAACGGCACUGAAAAAAGUGACUUUUGACUGUUUUUCACACUUACAACCAUUGCAGCAUCUCCGUGGUCAAUAUAAUAAAUAUUUUUUCAGAUG